GGGACAACCGUCGGUCCGAGCGCCGCCGCGGCUCCGUUCCUGGCUCUGGUUUAUUCCUUAUCCUGAGAGAACCGGGACCAGAUCCGGGACCAGUGUGAGUCCCAGUCCCAGUAAAGUGGUUUUGAGCAGCCCAGGGCCCCCCAGGGCCCCCCAGGACACCCUAGGGCCCCCCCUCCCAUAAACCCCCCCAUCCAGGUCCUGCCCCGGCGGAGAUGGGCGAGUGAAGACUGGAGACACGCAAGCUCGACCCAGCAGGCCAUGCCCCCGUUUCCAUGGUGACGGUCGUCCCGGUCAGGAGUUAACCCCAGCGUUUGAAGAACCGCAUUACCCACAAUCCCCUCUGCCUGCCAGCCCCCCCCCCUGAACCAGGACGCCUGAGGGCCCCCCGGAGACCAGGACCAGGACCGGGACCGGGACCAGGACCGGGACCAGCAUGGCCAACAACACGGAACACCCACCGGGGAACUCGGUCGCCGACGGCAACCAUGAUGGGGACUUCGGGGUCACGGUGGAGGAUCUCCGCGACCUGAUGGAGCUGCGGGCCGGCGAGGCCGUCGGCCGGAUCCAGGACCAGUUUGGGGACGUGCAGGGGGUCUGCCGGCGCCUCAAGACCUCCCCCGUGGAAGGUCUGUCCGGGAACCCCCUGGACCUGGAGAAGCGCCACACGUCCUUCGGCAAGAACUUCAUCCCGCCCAAGAAAGCCAAGACCUUCCUGCAGCUGGUGUGGGAGGCGCUGCAGGACGUCACGCUCAUCAUCCUGGAGAUCGCCGCCAUCAUCUCCCUGGCCCUGUCCUUCUACCACCCGGAGGGCGGCGACAGCGACCAGUGCGGCCAGGCGGCCGGCGGCGUGGAGGACGAGGGCGAGGCCCAGGCCGGCUGGAUCGAGGGCGCCGCCAUCCUGUUCUCGGUCAUCAUCGUCGUCUUGGUAACGGCCUUCAACGACUGGUCCAAGGAGAAGCAGUUCCGGGGGCUGCAGAGCCGCAUCGAGCAGGAACAGAAGUUCACCGUCAUCCGCAAGGGCCAGGUCAUCCAGAUCCCCGUGGCCGAGAUUGUGGUGGGGGACAUCGCCCAGAUUAAGUACGGAGACCUGCUGCCCACCGACGGGAUCCUGAUCCAGGGCAACGACCUGAAGAUCGACGAGAGCUCGCUGACCGGGGAGUCGGACCAGGUCCGCAAGUCCCUGGACAAGGACCCCAUGCUGCUGUCGGGGACCCACGUGAUGGAGGGAUCCGGCAGGAUGGUGGUGUCGGCCGUCGGCCUCAACUCCCAGACCGGCAUCAUCUUCACGCUGCUCGGCGCCGGCGAGAACGACGAGGAGAAGAAGGUCAAGAAAAGUAAAAAACAAGGACCCCCCGAAAAUCGCAACAAAGCUAAGACCCAGGACGGCAUCGCCCUGGAGAUCCAGCCGCUGAAGAGCGAGGAGGAGGAGAAGGAGGACAAGGAAGAGAAGGAGGACAAGGAGCAGAAGGAGGAGGUGAAGCCCGUCAAGAAGGUCAACGUCACCAAGAAGGAGAAGUCGGUCCUGCAGGGGAAGCUGACGAGGCUGGCGGUGCAGAUCGGGAAGGCCGGUCUGCUGAUGUCGGCGCUCACCGUCAUCAUCCUCAUCCUCUUCUUUGUGAUUGACACCUUCGGGAUCCAGGGGCGGAGCUGGGUGGCCGAGUGCACGCCCAUCUACAUCCAGUACUUCGUCAAGUUCUUCAUCAUCGGCGUCACGGUGCUGGUGGUGGCCGUGCCCGAGGGGCUACCGCUAGCCGUCACCAUCUCGCUGGCCUACUCCGUCAAGAAAAUGAUGAAGGACAACAACCUGGUGCGGCACCUGGACGCCUGCGAGACGAUGGGCAACGCCACGGCCAUCUGCUCGGAUAAAACCGGCACGCUGACCAUGAACCGCAUGACGGUGGUGCAAGCCUACGUGGGGGACACGCACUACCGCAGCGUCCCCGAGCCCGACGCCAUCAACACGCACACGCUGGAGACGCUGGUCAACAGCAUCUCCAUCAACUCGGCCUACACCACCAAGAUCCUGCCCCCGGAGAAGGAGGGCGGCCUGCCCCGUCACGUGGGCAACAAGACGGAGUGUGCUCUGCUGGGAUUGGUGCUGGGGCUGAAGAGGGACUACCAGCCAAUCAGGGACGAGAUCCCGGAGGAGAUGCUGUACAAGGUUUACACCUUCAACUCGUCCCGCAAGUCCAUGAGCACCGUGCUGCGCUGCGACGCCGGCGGCUUCCGCAUGUACAGCAAGGGGGCGUCGGAGAUCGUGCUGCGGAAGUGCUCGAGGAUCCUGGACGCCCAGGGCCAGCCGCGGGUCUUCAAGCCCAAGGACCGGGACGAGAUGGUGAAGCGGGUGAUCGAGCCCAUGGCCUGCGACGGCCUGAGAACCAUCUGCGUGGCGUACCGAGACUUCCCGGCCGGCGCCGGAGAACCGGACUGGGACAACGAGAACGACAUCCUCAGUGAUCUCACCUGCAUCACGGUGGUGGGAAUCGAGGACCCGGUCCGGCCCGAGGUUCCCGAGGCCAUCUCCAAGUGCCAGCGUGCCGGCAUCACGGUGCGGAUGGUGACCGGGGACAACAUCAACACGGCCCGCGCCAUCGCCACCAAGUGCGGCAUCUUGACGCCCGGGGAGGACUUCCUGUGUCUGGAGGGCAAGGAGUUCAACCGGCAGAUCCGCAACGACAAGGGCGAGGUGGAGCAGGACCGUCUGGACAAGGUCUGGCCCAAACUGAGGGUUCUGGCCCGGUCGUCUCCCACGGACAAGCACACGCUGGUCAAAGGCAUCAUCGACAGCACGGUGGGGGAAACCCGGCAGGUUGUGGCCGUGACGGGCGACGGCACCAACGACGGCCCCGCCCUGAAGAAGGCCGACGUCGGCUUCGCCAUGGGCAUCGCCGGGACGGACGUGGCCAAGGAGGCGUCGGACAUCAUCCUGACGGACGACAACUUCACCAGCAUCGUGAAGGCCGUAAUGUGGGGGAGGAAUGUGUACGACAGCAUCUCCAAGUUCCUGCAGUUCCAGCUGACUGUCAACAUCGUGGCCGUCAUCGUGGCCUUCACCGGCGCCUGCAUCACGCAGGACUCCCCCCUGAAGGCCGUCCAGAUGUUGUGGGUCAACCUCAUCAUGGACACGCUGGCGUCGCUCGCCCUCGCCACCGAGCCGCCCACCGAGUCGCUGCUGCUGCGUAAGCCGUACGGCCGCGACAAGCCGCUCAUCUCCCGCACCAUGAUGAAGAACAUCCUGGGCCACGGCGUGUACCAGCUGGUCAUCAUCUUCACGCUGCUGUUCGCCGGUGAGAAGAUCUUUGACAUCGACUCGGGCCGGAACACGCCGCUGCACUCCCCUCCCACGGAACAUUACACCAUCGUGUUCAACGUGUUCGUCAUGAUGCAGCUGUUCAACGAGAUCAACGCCCGCAAGAUCCACGGAGAGAGGAACGUGUUCGAGGCCGUUUACCGCAACCCCAUCUUCUGCUUCGUGGUGCUGGGGACCUUCGCCCUGCAGAUCGUCAUCGUCCAGUUCGGGGGGAAGCCCUUCUCCUGCACGGCUCUCACCAUCGACCAGUGGCUGUGGUGCGUCUUCAUCGGCGUCGGGGAGCUGCUCUGGGGACAGCUGAUCUCGGCCGUCCCCACUCACCACCUGAAGUUCCUGAAGGAGGCCGGCCACGGCAUCACCAAGGAGGAGAUCCACAACGAGGAGAUGACGGAGGACACGGACGAGAUCGACCACGCGGAGAUGGAGCUGAGGAGAGGCCAGAUCCUGUGGUUCAGAGGUCUGAACCGCAUCCAGACGCAGAUUAAGGUGGUGAAGGCCUUCCGGAGCUCCCUGUUCGAGCUGGAGUCUCCUCAGUCCCGCAGCUCCAUCCACAACUUCACCGUCCACCCCGAGUACGUGCCGCAGUCGGAGGAGGAGGCCAUGGGCCUGGACGAGGGGGGGGACGAGGAGGGGGCCGACGCCCCCCAGGACGGGGGGGCCGACCCCCCCGAGGAGCCGCCCUGCUCCCUCCCCCUCGCCGCCCAGUCAUCCAUCUGAGCUCCAUCACCACCGACUGUCGGGGAGGAGGGAGGGAUGGGGCAGACUGCUCACCCAUCACCCCCCAUCACCCCCCCACCAUCACCCCUCCAUCACCCCUCCAUCACCCCCAUCAGCUGACGGAGGUCCUGCCUGAGUCACCUCCACCCCUCCAUCAUCCCUCCAUCAGCCCCACCACUUUAUUUUAACUUGAUGUUCCUGAGAAGCUUCUGAAGGACUGACAGCAGCUCCUCCUUCCCUCCUCUAUCCUCCUCCUCUUCAUUCCUCCUCCAUCCCUCCAUCCCUCCCUCUUCUCCAAACCUCCAUCCCUCCCUCCAUCUCUUAUUCCUCCAUCCCUCCUCCAUCCUUCGCUCCAUCCCUCCUCCUCUCCUCCUCCAUCCCUCCAUCCAUCCCUCGCUCCACCCCCCCGGAUGUAAAUACGCUUCGCCCCCCCGUCGCCCCCCAGGAUUUAAAGUCUCUCUCUCUUAGAUGUCGACGUCUCCGUAGUUUCUUUACUGAAUGUUGUUGCUGGUUUGAUUCCUGAACGUCUCGUGAGCGUGACACUACACCGCCCCCCUCUGCCCCCCCUCGUGUCUGCUGCUCCGUCGUCGUGUUGCAUGUUGAAGGACCGAACGUUUACCCCCCCGACCCGGCGGCGUGGUUCCUGCCCCCCCGUCUCCCCGUAACAGGCUGCAUCGGUCCGUCGGUCUGUCCACUUCCUGUCUGAGGAGACCGGACCCCCGACCCGCCGGGGGGGGUGGGGAGCCUUCCUCGCUCCCCCCCCAGCAGCCGCCGGCCGACCCGCCUGAAGUGAUACUACUGCCAUGCCCCCCCCGUCACGAUGAGUUGAUCUUCUCCCCUCUGAGAAGCUUUUUCUACGUCCUCAGAGCCAUAUUUUAUAGGGUGUUGUUUUCUGCCAUUGUCGUGGAGGCCCCGCCCCCCACGCUGACCCCGCCCCCUUUCCUCCAGACGCGACCAAAAGGAAAAUAAGUUCUGUUGUCACUGCCGACCCGAGUCCCCGAACCUCUACGAUGUUUACAUGAGGAGCGGCCCGCCGGUCGCACACCCUUGGCUAGCCGUUAGCACGCCGGUCGCCCACUGCCUGCCCUCGGCCCGCCCCUGGCUAGCUGUUAGCAUGCUGGUCGCCCACCCUUGGCUCGUCGCUGGCCUGCCCUCGGCCCGCCACUAGCUUGCCGUUAGCACGCCGGUCGCCCGCCCUCGGCCCGCCAGUCACCCGCCCCCGGCUAGCCGCUAGCACGCCGGUCGCUCGCACUCGGCCGGUCGCUGGCCCGCCACAAGCUUGCCGUUAGCACGCCGGUCGACCCCCCUUGGCCCGCCCCCGGCUAGCCCUCGGCCCGUCGCUGGCCCGCUACUAGCUUGCCGCUAGCACGUCAGUCGCCUGCCCUUGGCUCGUCGCUGGCCCGCUACUAGCUUGCCAUUAGCACGCUGGUCGCCUGCCCUUGGCCCGUCGCUGGCCCGCUACUAAUUUGCCGGUCGCCCGCCCCCGGCUAGCCGCUAGCGCGCCGCCGGCCCGGCCCGCUCCUCUGAUCCGCCUCCCCUCAUCCCUUUCUUUCCCCCCCCGCGGUUCCGACUACGUGGAGGAUCUCUCUUGCAUGGUUUUCAUAUAAAAUUCAAUGUUUUGCUCAUUUUUUUACGAUUCUUCUGUAUUUUUAUAUUAAGUACUUUUUAAUAUUUUGGAGAUAUAUGAAUCUAAGUGUGAGGCUGCAGCGUGGUGACGGUGCCGUACGUGAAUGAGGAGAAUCUGCCGUGGACUCUUUUUACAGCUCUGAUAUUUAUGCCACGUGUGUCGUCAUGGUAACCUGAUGUUGGGCUCGGAAACCUGCAGCUACGCUUUACUUCCUGUUGGCCACCUAGCGCCCCCACCCCCCCUCUCCUGCCCCCCCGAAGACGUGCGAUUACUUUAUUGUGCCGCGCCACAUGUGAUUGAUCCGACUACAUUGGGCAGCAAAUGCAGUUCGAAUGCAGAAACUGUGUCAAACAUUAAAUGGGAGUUUGAUUAUUUAUCA